GACAGGAGCAACGACGUGGGAACAUUUAUUGCCUGUACAUAUGCAUGUUCUGUGCAGUGGUGCCGUGUUAUAAUGAAUCGUAGGAAAACGGCGGUUGUAUCGUAUCGCUGAAUUUUCUUAAAUAGCACACGUCUGGAGCUCCAAUCAGCCCGCUAUAUGAAAGCUGCGCCUCAGAUUUAAUUGGUGGCUAGCUUCAAUAGCCGUGUUGCGGAGAGGAACUGCGAAAUGUUUGCUGUGCAUGUAUAACACAUGCACAUGAUUUGCGACUGCUGGAGCGCUGUUUAGUACAAGCCGUCGUCAACACACACGGGACCAUGGGGAACACCAACAGCGAGCGGGGCGGCAUGGGUCAGGGCGAGAAGACUCACCGGAGAGACAGCCGCGGGGCCAAGGAAGGGGACCGGCCCAAAAUUCUCAUGGACAGUCCUGAGGACGCGGACAUCUUCCACGGGGAGGACCUGAAGCCUCCUCUGGAGAAGGAGGAGUACCUGGCAUGGCAGGAGGGGCUGGAGACGGGGGAUAAGGGCCCACUGGACCGACCCACCGUUUUCCGCUGGACAGGCGAUGGCAAGGACGUCUUUGUGUCCGGGUCUUUCAACAACUGGGCCAACAAGAUUCCUCUGAUACGGAGUCAGAACACCUUUGUAGCAAUCGUGGAUCUGCCUGAAGGGGAACACCAGUACAAGUUCUAUGUGGAUGGGCAGUGGACCCAUGACCCUGCAGAGCCAGUGGUGACCAGUCAGCUGGGCACAGUCAACAACAUCAUCCAGGUGAAGAAGACCGACUUCGAGGUGUUUGACGCCCUCAUGGUGGAUUCGCAGAAAUGCUCAGACAUGUCAGAUCUCUCCAGUUCUCCACCAGGUCCUUACCAUCAGGAUGCCUACAUCCCCAAACAGGAGGAGAGGUUCAAGUCCCCCCCUAUCCUGCCCCCUCACCUACUGCAGGUCAUCCUCAACAAAGACACGGGCAUCUCUUGUGAUCCCGCCUUGCUUCCAGAACCCAACCACGUCAUGCUUAAUCACCUGUACGCGCUGUCCAUCAAGGAUGGGGUUAUGGUCCUGAGUGCCACUCAUCGCUACAAGAAGAAGUACGUCACCACCCUCCUGUACAAGCCCAUAUGACUGACAGCCCAGCCCCGCCCGCUGUCCUGCCCCCACCCCGCACAGAUCUCCAUUUGUCUGUAGUUUAAUUUAUUUCGGGUUUUUCCUCAUCCUGAAAUGAGAGCCGGUUGGGCCAGGAGGGGGACCCUGCCCACAGCAUUACCUCCUCCCCCCCUCUCCCUCUUGUUUCCAUGGCAAAUUCCUGUCGCCUGUGACCCGUUCUUGCCGUGUGUUGCCCCCACGGGACUGGCGAGGGUAAAGGAGCGGGGCUGAAGGCAGCACCUUGGUGUGGGCGGACCACCCCCGUUGGUCUACAGGUCACGUUUCGCCGCCAUUGGUCUGGCGCAUCGAGGGGAGGCCUUUAGGUCUUUUAAUUUAUAGCAGUUUGCAUUUUUUGGAAGACUAACUCACUCUAAUUGUGUUUAUACAGCAGGAAUGAACUGCUUAAUUUUUAUUGAUAGUAUUUAUAUUGAAGAGCCUGCAGCAACCCCCGCCACUGGGAGAUGGACAGAUCCAUGGGACCAGUUCCUGGGCUGCAUUGUGGGAGUUACACAGAACCCAGUAGUUCUGUAGCCGGAACCGGACCAGUGAUUGAUUUAAUACACUCCUAACUGCUAGUAUUUAUAUUUGGUACCUAACUAAGAGUACUUAUAUUUGGGACCUCUCCUGCUAAUAGUAGUUAUAUUUGGUACCUAAGUGUUAAGAGGACCUAUAUUUGGUACCCAACUGCAAAGAAUACUUAUAUUUGGGACCGAACUGCUAAUGGUACUUAUAUUUGUUAUUAGCAUGUAUCCUCCAUGUUUUUUUUCAUGACUAAAUAAAAAAAAUAAUUAAAAAAGAAGCAGAAUGAUAUGCGAUAGACAUUGUUUGGAAUAAUACUUACAGGGUUUCCCCUUCAAUACAUCAGAGGGGGCGAGCCGCCCCGUCUAAAACUAUACAGAAAUAUAAUAUCGCUAUGAUAUUUUUCUAUGAUAUUUACUAUGAUUUAAAAAUCAAUGGAAAAUUAGUUUGCAUAUGCCCUCCAUUUUCAAACAUCAAUGAUUCAAUACAUUUGUGAGGUGCGUGGACUCCCCUUGGCCUAGUAAUCAACUCCAGGUAUGAAAUUACCGUGUUUUGAUCGGCCGUGAUCUCACUAGGAUUGGCUGCUUGGCCAAGUGGAUUUGUUUAUGUAUUCAGAGAUUUACCUCAAAUGACUAGCCUAGCUAAAUGUCCUCUUCAGAGAUAAGACAUAAGAGGAGCUAACCACCUAAAAGCGUCAGAAAAAGAUCGAAUCUUUCGGCCUUGUAAAUGCAAAUGAGAUUACGGAGAGUGGUGACAGUGGGAGCUGUCCUGUCGUCAGUGACAUCACUGAUAAUACAGAAGCCAUCACAAACGAUACAGGUGUAGCCAAUCUGCCAAAACACAGAGAGUCUGAGUGGACCCCGGCCUGGCUUGAGAACCCUCGCCAUAAACCAUGUCUGUAUAAAACAGGCCUAGGUGAGUAAGUAAUUAAAAACUAAAAUGUACUAUCUCCAUAAGAUAAUGAAACUCCUAAAUAUCCCAGUCACAGAGCAGCGGGUAAAUAACACUAUUUUAGCCAGCUUGUUUAAUGUUAAACUCAAUAUUUUAUCCUCUCUUCUUGCAUCUUUUUUCUGAAUUUAGUGGUCUCAUUUCUUUGCUGUCUGAUAUUCUGAAGAGGUGGUAGUCAUUUAUAGUGACAUGAUACAAUUCUGACCGUUGUGGUAGGGGUACUCUGUGGAAAGGUAUCUACUCUAUGCUCUGUACACAAAAUAAACAUAAUUUUUUAAUUAAAUGUAUAUUGAAAUAAAAAAAUCAGUCGCA